AUGCUGCUCAUGCUCCUCCUGGCGCUGCGGUCCGCGGCGUCCCUCGUCGCGCCGCGCCCGUCAUCGCUGCUGCGCGCGCCGGCGCGCCGCGCGGCGAGCCUCGGCGACUACUUCGCGCUGCCGGCGGAGGCGUCGGCGGCGCUCGCGGCGCGGGGCAUCGAGGUCGCGGCGCCGGCGCAGGAGGCCUUCUGGAGUUCGAGCCACGACGGGCCGGGCGCGGCGAAGGGCGAGUCGGCGUGCCUCCACGCGCCGACGGGCAGCGGCAAGACGCUCGCCAUGCUCCUGCCGGCCGUCGCGCGCGUGCUCUGGGGCGGCCGCGCCAAGGGCCGCGUGCUCGUGCUCGCGCCGUCGCGCGAGCUCGUCGCGCAGCACGCGGACGUGCUCGGCGCCCUCGCCGGCGAGGGCGCCGUCGCGUCGGUGACGACGUCCGGCGUCGGCGCGCCCGGCGGCCUCGCCGCGGCCGCGGCCGCGAUCGUAGACUCGCGCUGCGUCGCGGCGACCCCUUCCGAGCUCUGCGCGGUGCUCGAGCACGCGCCGGACCUCUACGGCGCUUUAAACGUCGAGGCCCUGGUCCUCGACGAGCUCGACCUGCUCAUGCCCGCGCGCAAGUUCGGCGGCAAACGCGCGAGCCGGUGGCAGGACCGCGGGCGCCACCCGGCCGAGGCGCUCGCGCAGCUCGUCGCGAAGCGCGGCGUCGAGACGCUCCAGGUCGUCGCCGGGUCCGCGACGCUCGACCGGGCGUCGCGGAAGAAGCUCGACGCCGUGCUCAGGGCGUCGCCGCUGGUGCGGCCGCCGCUCCGGACCGUGAGCCUCGCUCCCGCCGGCGCCGUCGCGCUGACCGUGAAGACGUCGCUGCCCCUGGGCCCGAAGAACGUGCGCACGACGCUCACGUCCGAGCGGCUCCGCCACUGCGCGGUGAGCCUGCCGAGCAAGGCCGGCGACGCCGCGGCGCUCGACGCGGUCGUCGACGCGCUCGGCGCUUUGAAGCCCGCGCGCGCGCUGCUCUUCGUCUGCUCGAGCUCGGGCCUCAAGGUGCGCGCCGUCGCCGACGCCCUCGGCGCGCGCGCGGCCGGCGAGACCGUGGUCCUCAACGACGCGCUCUUCCCGUCGAGCCAGCGGAACCGGCGCCGGGGCUACGCGGACGCGGACGCGGCCGAGAAGAAGGCGCGCGAGGCGCGCGAGCGGGCCAUGGACAGCGGCGGCCGCGACGCCCUGUCGCGCGCCGGCGCCGAGGAGCUGCGGGCCGCCCUCUGCGCCGCGACGCCCGCGGCGCCCGUCGUCCUCGUCGCGGACCAAGCCGUGACGCGCGGGCUCCACGUCGACGCCGUCGACGCCGUCGUCGUGCUGGGCAAGCCCGCGAACGCCGACACCUACGUCCACCUCGCCGGCCGCGCGGACCGCGACCCGCUCCGGGAGGCCGGCGGCGAGCGGCCCGCGGUGCUCACGGUCGCGAAGCGCCGCGACGUCGCCGCGCUGCGGGGCUGGCUCUCGGAGUUGGGCGCGGACCUCGAGGACGUCGACCUCGCGCCGCCGCCCGACCGGCCCGACGACGGCAUGAACGCCAAGGAGCGGCGGAAGGCGAAGCGCGCCGCGGAGCGCGAGGCCGCCGAGGCCGCGGCGCAGGUCUAA